AUGGCUUCCGGGUACCAUCUUAUCACCCUGUUUCUGACCAUUCUCCUACUAUUCUCUUUCACCUCCUACUCGAUUCCAUUCCCAGUCGAACCCAGGGACACCCUCAAUAACCGCUGUGGCCCCGCUCUCGGUGGCAAUUGCCAGUCAAUUGGUGGUGGCUUUCAAUGUUGCUCACAGUACGGCUAUUGUGGUGAUAGCGCUGGACACUGUGAAGUUGGCUGUCAACCGGAUUAUGGGAGAUGCACUAGUGGCUCACCCACAGCUCCAACAACACCAACACAGCCAGCACAGCCACCAGUUGGGGAAAGACCACCACUUGGUAUCGUGCCAUAUGGUGCUCAUAUCUAUUCGUGUAACAUCCGUGGAACGAUUGCCUUGACGUUUGAUGAUGGACCGUAUACUGGCAAUAAUUUGAGCAAAGGGGCAAUUGACGGCCCCAAUACAGCCUGGCCUGCAGUUAUCAGGAGAGCCUACAAUGAAGGCCAUCAGAUCGCUUCUCACACAUGGGAUCAUUUGGACCUGAACACUCUUAAUGAGGCUGAUCGACAAUAUCAAAUGACCCGUCUCGAGCAAGCCUUCCUCAGUAUUAUUGGAUGUUACCCAACCUAUAUGCGGGCACCGUUCAUCCAGUGUAAUAGAGAGUGUCUGAGGACAAUGGAGAGAUUAGGAUACCAUGCGAUUUUCUGGGAUCUUGACACUGCUGAUUACACCAAUGUCACCCCGCAUUUGAUUCAGAGAUCGAAGGAUAAUGUGGACAUGGCAAUGGAAGGAUUAAACAGCAAUUACAAUAGUAUCUUGAGCAUAGCAUCAUUACUGGAUAUCGUCGUGACUGUCGGGGAAUGCCUUGGUGAUCCAAAGGACAAUUGGUACAGGACACAGUCGUAA